GCCGUUUACUGUUUAGGCCUAUCGAGGGGGUCUCCAUUUCUGUACAGUUAGAAUGGGAAUCACACAGUGCUAGUAGUAGAUCUACUACUAGCACUAGUGAGCAGAGAAGGAGAACUAACACGAAGAAUAGGACACCUGCCAGGGAAGGAAUAGUUUGCGAUUAGCAACGAGGUGUAGCGGCUGAAAAAUACCAUCUAUCGUAGCAAGUCGUCCUCGAUCGAACCUUCUUGGCCACAGUCCGUAGAGCUGUACGAGACUCGUACCGAUUCCACCGUGAGCGGGUGUCAUUUCUCACCCUCUCAACUAGCGAUGACGCGUGCUUCGAAGCUUCGUGGAAGAUUCAUCGCGGUUUGGCAAUGAAUGGAAAAGUCCCCUGGUGACCACUGCACCCUGCAGCCAUUGAUCAACAUCUCAGGGUCUCCUCUGGUGGCAGGUGGCAGGGUCGCUGGUGUUUCCAGUGCUCAGCUUGAGAAUGAAGCAAACGAUUGAUGGCCACACUAAUUACCCAGUGUGUGGGUGUGCAAUACAACACUGCCGCCGGAGGCCACAGCAAGGUCAGCGAUGUCCGUCGGCCCAGGCUGGUGCGUUGCUUGCACUUCUCCUCAUCUUGGUGAUACAGUUUGGUAGUGGACAGUGUCGUGUGUUGGGAUGGAUGGGAGACUUGUCCGGAACCCAACAGUUCAACAACUGCUCAAACUGGAAUGUGACUGGACCGUCAGACUGCACGCCCAAAGAAAAUGAUACUUUCAUCGUCCCCAACAGUCCUGAUAAGGCUUUCACGAUUGAGUGGUUCAUUGACGGGCACAUCACGUUAGCCAACCUUGCCUUUGGGCGAAGUGACAGGGUUGACAAGUCAACGCUGCUGUUCAUUUUCAACACAAAAACUACGGCAACCCUUCAUGUUACAAACCUGCUUGAAAUCCACUCCAAAACGUGGACGUUUCGCUAUGGAGCUAACACCACCAGCAGCAGCAACACCAUUAAUGUGAUAGCUAAGGACCUUAAAUGGUCGGGGAGAUUGCUUCGCAGCCAAUUGUUCACCGCCUUUCCAACCGUGCUGGUGACCAGACAAAUGACAGCCUUCAAUGGUAGAAGGGAAGCUACUCACACAAAGGUGUUGACAUCUGUUGUACUUUCCAUAGCAGGCAAUGCUUCGUGGCACGGAACCAGUGUACAAAGUGUGGAUGGAACCAUUCGGGUUUUACCUGGCGCCCUGCUGCAUAGCUUCGUGCCCAAUUGGAUGCAGUCGGGGUCGGAGGAUGGAUAUGACUUGAUUGUCGACGGCACUGCAAGACUUGCCUGUGCUUCAAGCUGUACGCUGCAGACAUACAUCACUGUUGCUGGUCAGCUGGAGUUUAUCCCCGCUGUGCUGAGCAGCGAUCAAGACGCCAGUCUGCCCACGUGGACUCUGCUGUCCGGCGGACUGCACGCCGCUGGCUCUGUCGUGUUCUACUUCACCAACAUCAACGUGAUGCCCAGCAAACUGCAAUUAUUAUUUGGCAGCUGGAGAGUAUUUGGUCCACCGGUAGUCAAUUCCACGUACUCCUUCAGCAGCAGCACAACUACACGCUGGUGGGAGGACAUAACGGAUCCAGCCACUCAGACAAUAGAGUAUAAUUUUCAGCAGCCAGUGCUCAUCACCAUCGCCGUGCACUCGUCAUUCUGGAACUUGACCAUCGACGCAUUCACCAGUCGCGGUCCGGCGCAGUGGCGGAUCAUGCCCAUGCCAAGCGGGGUGACAACUGUCGACGUGAAGACCGCGUUGGACAUGGAUGAACACGGCGUCUUGCGGCUGAUCAGUGCGCCAGUGCAGUUCACUACCAGCUUCACCGUCCACUCUCAGCUUAUCUCCUCUCUUGGCUACGUAUUCGUGGGAGAUAACUGGCACAUGAUGUUAAGUGGUGACCACAACACGGAUAUCAAAAGACAGGUUGCAGUGGGACGUGGAGCGCUGCUCGAGGUCCCGGCUUCCAUCGAUGGUCUCAUACCGGUCGUGGAUUUCCAGAGCCAGUUGUACCUCAAGUCUCGGCUGGUUAUCGCAGGUGCUAGUCUACAGGUCAAGGACUUGUUCGUAGACUCCACUGCAGCUCUUGGUGAUGGAAUUCUUCUCCGGACAACUGCCUCCCUGAUAGUAUCCCAUCAACUGACAUGGAAAGGUGGGACCAUUGAAGGUCAGGGGUCAACGGUAAAACUCCGGCAAGGUGCAGUGCUCGCAACGAAUCACACUAAAUCGCUGCUCAAUGCCACUGUGACGUUGGAGAUUGACGGUUCUUCUGCCGCGAGAAGAGGUGGCUGCAUAAUCGAGUAUUUCCAAUACCGACACUUGCUGCCAACGGCAGUGCUCACUCCGCCUGCCAUGAUCCAGGGUUUCUACAACAAAACUUCCCUUGGUGCCGGCACGUAUCGCUUGCCGGAGGCUUUUGACGAUCCGACAACUUUGGCCGACUACUCCACUCUGGAGACGAGUUGCAGUCAUAAUUCUGAGCAUUACGGCCGUGCACCUGUUCUGUUUAGCAGUGCUGGCAUAGCAUCAAGCACAGAUCAUUUGUCAUUCACAGAGAACUAUGCUGUAAGGCACACAACACGCUUCUUCAGCCACUUCGCCGGUGACUAUGUCUUUACAUUCACGUGGUCCUAUUCCAUUGUUCGAUUCUGGUUUGAUGGCCAUGUUUUGGUGACAUUCUGUGGUGAUGGGUCGCAGACAAGCGACGGCUGUAAUACUGAUGUCCGUGCGAAUAUUUCUGGCACCGUCACGGUUCCAAACCUCUCGAAACGGCAGCACGAGAUACGCCUUGACUUAAUACGUCUGCCGCCCAAGCCAAGUACAAACCAAUCCUUUGUGGUCAAUUACAAGUUUGAGGUCUCGGCUCGUGUGUCGGGAAUCACAGUUCAGCUUGGUGCCACUAACACCCUCUGGGGCUGUCAAACAUCAGACGUCAGCGUCAUCCGCUUUUACCCGCAGACCUCUUUCCGGAUACGAUUUCCCGAGAAUGUAUGCCAGACGCGUUCUACGCCGGCUGAUCUAUGCUCCAUUAAGCUCGGCGUUGCCUGCAUGAGACUAAGCAACACAUCCCUCACCCUGGGUAAGAAUAGCUCCAUAGUUGUGCGUCGCACAGGUGUACUGUGGCUCCAGAAUAGCUCCAGCAUACAGGAGCAAGUGGCCAACACUGGUAGCAGCAUUCAACGGUAUGGUCUCAUCGUGAAUGACGCUGGUGGAAGUCUCUUGCAACUGGCGGUCAGCGCACACUCAUACUCGUGCACAUCUGCCAGCGCGCUAAGCGUUCUGCCAUCAAAGGUAUCCAGCGAUACAACUGUACAGCAGGGCAGUUGCCGGUUUGGUGCUUACGAACACAUGGGUAGGUGCUAUUACCCGGAGGUCACCAGCGGCCCUUCACCCGGCGCUUACCAGGCUGGGGUCGGUGCCUGCGCUUGUCGCGGCGGCUUCUUGGCCUCCAUAACAAGCAACAGCACAGCAGUGUUUGUCAACAAAAUGCUGCAGCUGACUCGCGCCAUGAUCAAAGGCACCCCGGCGUCCGCCACGUUCUACGUCGGGCUGAAGGAGCCAAGCUGCUCCAGUAGCAACAUGCUGCAUGCCUACACGCAGACAGAGUGGGAUGAUGGCUCAUGCCCGGAGCAGUUGCCGCUUCCGCUGCAGCCGUCGCCUCGGACCCCAGCGUGUCAGCCUUGCUUUGUCCUGGAGAAGAACUACACUAGCUCGGUGGAUGGAUCUUCCAGAUUGGUUCAGAGGAGCUGUACAGAGACAAGUCAUCGCUUCAUCUGCAUUGAGCCACCUUACUCUGAUGUGGAGCCACUUGCAGUGAAAACAUGUACAAAUCUUUCGUGCAGCACUGGAUGGACCAAAUACAACAGUCACUGUUAUCGCACACGGCCAGCAGGAGUGCCUGCACUCACCCACGAUGAUGCGGCAGCUCAAUGCUUCACCACUGGAGCGGAGCUCAUUUCCAUCAACGACUUUGCCGAGCAGCAGAUCCUGACACCGCUCAUUAAGGCCGACAGCUUUCAUGUCACGUUCUAUUGGAUGGGCUUGUACGAGUCUGGUGGCAACUUCAGGUGGCGCGAUGGCUCAGCAGCCGUCUUCCGGUCAUGGCAGUGUUCUGACUCAAACAAAAAUGACAUUGUCAACACCGCCCUGGGGCAAGUGGCUGUCGACGAUAAAUCAAUUGCUGACAGUUGGUUUCAGGUACUGACUAGUGACAGUAGCAGCCGGACUGGCAGCUACAUCUGUGAGAUGAGACCGCCGCGCCAAGAUGCAUCUUUCUGGCCACCACAACUUCAGCAGGGAGGCUGCAGGGCGGAGUGGUUUGAGUACAAGCAGAUCUGCUAUCUGUUCAACGCCAGCGUGGCCCGUAACUGGGGCGGUGCGAAGACAGAGUGCUCGGCGCACGGGCAGAAUGCGUCACUGGUGGAGAUUUAUGACGUGUCAAUUCUGACGGUUCUUCAGAAUCACAUUAUGACCAGUCCACCCGUGGGUCUUCCUCCUGGACAAUGCGAAUGGUGGAUUGGCCUGCGGCGUGUUAACUUCAAAUUCCAGUGGUUGUCGGGCGCGCCAACCAGCUACCUGCCUUGGGCGUGUGGAGACGAUCAGUCCUCGAAAAAUUGCGUCCACAUGCGUACGUGUACGACAAGAUCGGCGUUUAAUAACGGCUGGGUGACAGGCACAUGCAGUCCGCUGAGGCCGUACAUCUGCCAGUACCAACUGGGUGCUGUUUCUCAUGCGACCAGUCCAACAGUAAGCACCGCAACUGAAAUGGCGUCACCACAUACGAAUCCUGCUACCGCUACUUCAAUGUCAUCGCAGUUAGUGCCAAGCUCAGUCCAGCCCACUGCCCAAGCCACUACUUCAUCUGCCACCACUGGACCGUCGAGUACAUCUGAAAGUGCAUCUCAAUCUACCAGUGUAAGUACAAGUACACAACAACCAACGUCUCAAACUUCUCUCCCUGCAACAACGCCAAUCGCUCAGACCCUACCUAUCACAACUCCUUCAGCACCUCAAACCACACUCACUGCAGCACAACCAAUCUCUCAAACCCCGCUCAGUGGAACACAAGCAACGCCGCAAGCUCCUAGCAGCACACCCCAGCCAACACCCGGGACUCAACCAGUCAGCCAAACUGCGCUUAGUGCUGCACAGACAAACGUUUCCACACCGCCAGCCAGCACUACCGAAAAGGAACCCAAUGGUACUGGACAGCAGCUCACCACUCAAUCGUCGCUCAUCACAACACCUGGAACGGCUCAAGGAACAGUGACAACGCUAGCGGGGACAUCUUCAGCUACCGGUACCCCUGCCGCAGUGCCUCCAGUGACAUCCAAGACCAGUUUACCUAUCACUUCAGCAAACACUACGGAUGUUGGAACAGCUACAGCCGCGCUGUCUACUGGUAUGACCACUAACACACAGACCCAACCAACCAACACUAUGCAAUCCACGACCAAAGCUAGCGGAACUGUAAAUCAGCUGACUGUUACUAUGGCAACCAACACACAACAAACACCGUCAUCAUCAUCAUCAUCAUUGCCGUCGCCGGCCAGUGUAACUAGCAUCGAGUCAGCGACUCAGUCCACUCGGUCUACCACACUGCCACCCACCGCUCAUGUUGCCACUACGGCGGACACACGGCAGGUAACGUCAUCGCAGUCAGUCCCAGCCAGUGCCACCACCGAAACACCGGCCCAAUCCAGCACUCUAGGCACAGUCCAGCAGGGGACGACGGGUACUCAGCAAGCAUCAUCACUGGCAUUAUCUUCCCCUGAAAGCUCAACCCUGGUUGUGCCAGCUACAACAAGUGCACCCAUCACUUCGCAAGCACAACCUACCACUCUUCCCACGGUGCAAGUGGGCACAGUCACUCCCUCACAACAACCAGUGUCAAGUCAAGAGCAGAGCAUGGCACAGCAGACAACGGCAACAGCACGCUCCAGCACCUCUUCACUGUCAGAAGCCAGCACCACAGUGACCAGUAGUGAAGGUGUUGCUUCUUCCUCUCUCAAUCUUGCCAUCGUGGUACCAAGUAUAGCAGCUGGUUGCCUCCUGAUGCUGAUUAUCAUCAUUCUGCUUGUUCGUCUGAAGUGCAGGCACAGAUCAAAGUCGCUGGACAUCCACACAGACACCAAUCCCAGUGUAGUCGUUAACAACAAAGCGUUUGGAAUGGAAGGGGAUUUGGCGAGACCGAGUCCUAGCGACACGCGGACGUACACCUACGAAGGACACAGCCAGGACCAUGGCGCUACCAACCAGUAUGCUGUGUCCGAUGGAAAUCAGGUCGCUGAGGAUUAUACACACGAUGGUGAUGACUAUCGGCGUAUUGAUAGCAGCACACGAUUGAAUCAAGACUACCAGCCGCUUUCACUAAAAGCGAAUUCUGCGGCUAAGAGAAAUGGUGCCUCGGGUGACGUAUAUCAACCAUUGAGUGUCAGCCAACAGCGAGAGCAAGAGUAUCAACAGCUGUCAGCUGGUGGUGUCUAUGCCGUGCAGGACACAGGCUAUGGACGGAUAAAUUCUAGCACUGGUGUGUCGGAGAGUGACUACCAGCCACCGAUACCAUCGCAGGUACCACCAGUCACCUCCAAGCAACAACAACGCGGAGGAGGGUACCAGCCUGUGCAGAGAACAACCGCUAGUGACUAUCAGCCCCUGUCUGGCCAUCAUGCUGGUCAGCCAAAACGUGAUCAUUACCAACCGGUAUUGCAUAGUCAGCAGCAAGCGGAACAUACUGACUACCAGCGGCCGAAUGCUCCACCGUCGGCUAGCAAUACCAAGCAUGCCACCGGGCACGGCCAGCAGAGACCGGGGACAUGGAAGGAAAGUACGGCCGGAUCAGACUACUAUGACUCGACGCUGAUGACAUAGCCCCCUGGUUCAUGCACUGUGCCGAUGUCACUGCUUAUUGCCAGCUGGUGUGCAAGCUAUGCACCGCAAUCAGUGAUGAUUGCAGCGUCAUCGGCCUGAACAAUUUAUCCUAUGCUUGCUUCUUCUUCACUAAAGUGAUUUUCCCUCGCUUGCGUAUAUUGAAGUUAAGAGAUGGAUUACCUGCAUCUGCUGCUUGAAACAUGGCCAACUCCUGUGCGGAACUUGUAGCACUUGUUACGCUGCACCUAGGUUUCUCUACAAGAAGCCAAUGACCCAUCAAAGAGGGAGCUAUGGACUCUGACCAGUAUGCUAGCAUUGUGU